UGCUCUCCGCGAGCUUCUAUGCAUUGACUCCGUGCUGUCCCCUCCUUGCGUUUUCCAGGCCUUCUCCUUGCUCACCUAAUGUGAUCUAGACUCGUCGCUUAAACAAGUGCAAGGCAUACAAGCGCAGGGGCUGGCGUUCUACUAUGAUUUAAGGACAAGGAUUCCAACUGUCACAACAGAACAGCAGCACUCCUCCUCUCCAAAUCCUCAACCCUCACCGACUACCUACUAAUACCAACAUGACUGACGUUCUUGGUGUUCUCGUCAUUGCCCGCAAUGGUGACCGCACAGAGUACUACCAGGACCCCAAGACCUAUGAGAGCUCCUACACCGAAAGCACUGCUCUUGGUGCUGCCGAGUCUCACCAGCUCGGAUCCUUCCUUCGCUCGACCUACAUGUCCUCGUCUUCUCCUUCGUAUAUCGCGGACAUGAAAACCGACCUCGUGGACACCCAUGAGGUCCACGUCCACGCCAAGGCUGGCGGUGAGGGUACCGUGAUCUUUGACUCUGCUAUCGCCCUCCUCCAGGGUCUUUUCCCUCCCAACCCUGCCAACAAGAUCGUUCUUGCCAACGAGACCACCGUUAUUGCUCCCCUUGGCGGUUACCAGUAUGUUCCCAUCGAGACUGUCGAGCCUGGUAACGACAAGUCCCUUGAGCCAUGGACCGACUGUCCAGCUUUCGAGCAACACAUCUCCAGUGUCUACUCGUCUUCUAAGUUCAAGGAGACCGCAAAGGCUGCUGAUCAUUUCUACGGUGCUGUCAAGGACUACGUUUUCGGCCGCCCUACUACUCUCGAGAACGCUAUUUACGACUACAUCUCGACCGAGCUCUCACACAACAAGACCUACGCUCACCGCCUUCCCCCCACCUUGGUUGAGCAGGCUCGUGGUUUUGCUGACUUCCACGAGAACGCCAUCUUCUCGGACAAGGAUGUCGGUGGUAUUGGUAACUUGGCUGGCCGCACGAUCCUCCACACGGUCUUGGGCUCCCUCCAGCGGAUUGCAUUCAACGGCGACCCUCUGCAGUUCCUCCUCAUUGAGACCUCCUACCAACCUUUCAUCUCCCUAUUCCACAUGCUUGAGAUGGUCAAGGAGAACCCUGAGCUUGGCGGUAUCCCGAACUACGCUUCUGCUCUUGCCUUCGAAGCUCCGAUCAAGUUCAAGAACGGUACCAACGGCGACUUCGAGACCUACCAUGCUUUCGGCCACAGGUCUGACAUUGCUGCAACGGAAUUCAUCUACAGGAUCGAGAACUAUGCCAUUACCAGCCAGAAGCAAUGGGCCGCUGCUUGCAGCUCAGGUCUUGAUGAUGACUUUUUCCACAUUGGCUCCCAAAACGCGAUCUCCAGCACUGUCUUUGCCAUUCUGGCUGCUAUCUUCCUCCUCGGCAUGUUCGUCCUCUCCAAAUUCGUCAAGAGCGCCCGUGCCAAGGCUCAGAGCACUCGCAUCCGCCUUGCUGACGAUGAGGUGACCAGUACCCCCAAUUACGGAACCCUUUCCAACAACGUCGUCGCUCAGCCCGCUUCCAUGAGUGAGAAGCAGCGCCUUCCGUUGUAAGCGCCGGUCCAGUAGGAAUCGGAGAGGUUGAAAAAUAUCUUUACUACAUGCUGCAGCGGGGUGGGCUUCUUUUUUGAUUGGUUUCUGGACUGUAUCGCAUUGCUUCAUAGACUCUAGUCACAUUUUCUUCUCGUUUGCAAUAUGUCACAUGGGACUGGGUCCCUCAUAGUUAGAAAAAUUCACGCAUUUUCUCGAA